AUGGAUGACGAUGGCUGGCAGCUCCUUCCAAAACCAGCUAAAAGAUUGAAGAAACUGACCUGUUUCGACAAGUGUAUUUUUUGCCCAACGGGUAAUGCCAAUCUGCGUGUUGCAGAGCCUUCUUCACUAGAGAAAGUAGUUUCUGCACUUAAGCAACGACAAGAUGAGGUAUCGUAUGAUAGCAUGUGUUUUGUUUAUUGCUCCAUAUUUUACAUAUUACACGGCCAGCGAGUCUCCUAAUCAAAUCGCCCACGUAAACGCCUUCUGGUCGGCGUUUUUCUACGUUUAAAUUAUUCUUAAACAUUUUCAGGUGUCGCAACGCCUCACACCUAAUGAUCUUUGUCAUGUGGAGGAAAAAAAACGUUUUGUGGCACUCGUCCUGUUACGAAGCAUUCACCAGUAAGCAAAACCUAAAAUUUUCAGAAUCCAAAACGUCAAAUAAUCCUGUUGAUGUCAAAGUUGGGAAACGAGGCGGCACAUUAUUUGAUUGAUCGAAGUGUAUGUUCUGCAGGAACGCAACACGUAAGAAGGACAGAAAUCUUAUAAAUAUUGUCACCUUUGAAGCAUGUAGCACCAUAAAAGAAUCUGUAGAAGCACGAGUGGAUCACCAACUGCUUGACGUACUUCAAUCAGUUAAUUAUGAUCUUAUCGCAGCAGGAGGGAAAUACCACAAAGCAUGUCAUGCUUCUUAUGUCAGCAAAGUAAAUAUUAAACGCAUGCGGCGCGAUACUUCCACAAUUGAUGAAAACCCUUUUGAUGAAGCCUUUAACCAACUGGUAAAGACCAUAACGACUGAAAUAAAUAACGGCAAGGCCUACGACAUGAACAUUCUUUUAGCUAUGUUUAAAAAGGAGUUAGAAAACUAUGCAAUGCGGGAGAAAGCUACACGAAGCAAAAGCUGAAAGCGCGAUUAGUGGCCCAUUAUAAGGAAAACCUUGUGUUCCACCAGCCACCUCAACAAUCCAAACCGGAGAUAGUGUAUAGCAGUUCCAUAUCUUUGGUUGAUAUCAUAAAUGCGGCAAUCAACUCUCCGCCACCAGACACGACAAGCUGUAUAUCCAAGGAAAAAAUGAACGCAUCCACGUCCGAAUUCUUCGACAUCUAUGCUAUAGCAACUCAAGUGAGACAAGAGGUAAUGAAAUGUAAGGGCAUUGACAUCAAUCCACUGGAUAUCAGUGAUUUAAACCUCGAUACUGCAAAAGAACUUCUUCCCCAAAAUCUCUACUGGCUUUUAAGAUGGAUCAUGACUGGAGAGCAGUAUAGCGACCGCACUUCAUCUUCAAGUGCAAGAAUUCCUGCAGAUGAGCGCAAGAUUAUAAUGGUCGCACAAGAUAUCGUUCACUGCGUAUCACAUGCAAGAGCAAAGCUUCCUAAGCACGGAGCGCUUGCCAUGUCAGUCAAGCACAUAACUGGUUCAAAACAGUUGGAAACUCUGUUGAACAGAAUGGGUCACUGUUCUUCGUACGUGGAAAUUGAACAAGUGGAGACGAGCCUGGCCAAUGAAAGUUUAGCGAGAUCAAAGACUAGUGGUGUUAUAAUCCCAACUAACAUAAAUCCUGGUGUGUUUAUACAAAUGGCGGCUGACAACAACGAUAUUAAUGAAGAGACGCUCGACGGGAAGAAGACAACGCAUGCAACGGCAAUGGCUAUAUACCAGCGCAAGCAGUACGGACCCAAGCCAGCGCGCGUUGUGCACGCCGAUCAUUCCAAAAAGAAGAGGUCGCUGGAUUCAACUCGUAAUCUGGUUGUCAUAGAAGAAGUGAAUGUUCUGUAG